GAUUCUCAUCUUCAGGGGGAGAGUUUAAGAGAAGAUGUUCAAACAUUACCACAUAUCCAUGAAAACCUUAAUUUUCUUGAUAUUAAUCUAGAUGAUAUUCCAUCUGAAAAUGAUCAAGGAAUAACAAAUAAUGAAAUAAAUACAAUUGAACCAAUUGAAAAAGAGCAACAGACAAGUCAGUUCUUUGGCAAACUUUAUGAGAGAAGAGUUCAAAAUCAAAGAAUAGAGGAAGUCCAAGAACCUGCCACUGUUCAUGAUUCUGACUCAAUGACAGGGAGUGAAAAAGGAUGCUUUAUCUAAACCUGAGUGGAAGAAAGCUGUUUUGGAGGAGAUGGAGGCUCUUGAAAAGAAUCAGACAUGGAAGCUUGUAGAGCUACCUAAAAACAAACCAACUGUUGGUUGCAGGUGGAUCUUCACUCCUAAGUUUAAAGCAGAUGGAAGUCUGGAGAGAUAUAAGGCAAGGUUAGUUGCUAAGGGAUACACGCAGACCUAUGGCAUUGACUACACAGAAACCUUUUCACCAGUUGCAAAGUUGAACACUGUAAGAAUUCUCUUAUCCCUUGCUGCUAAUUUGGACUGGCCACUACAACAAUUGGAUGUAAAGAAUGCCUUUUUAAAUGGGAAACUUGAAGAAGAAGUGUAUAUGAACCCUCCUCCUGGGUUUGAGAAUAAAUAUGGUGCAAAGGUAUGCAAACUGGAGAAAGCUCUAUAUGGACUUAAACAGUCCCCAAGAGCCUGGUUUGACAGAUUCACAAAAUUUGUAAAGAAACAAGGGUUUAAUCAGGCUCAAGCUGAUCAUACAUUGUUCAUGAAGUUUUCAGGCAAGGGGGAGAUUGCAAUACUAAUUGUCUAUGUAGAUAAUAUUAUCCUCACAGGAAAUUAUCAUACAGAGACUAAGAAUUUAAAAGAAAAGCUUGCCCAUGAGUUUGAAGUUAAAGACCUAGGAGACUUAAAAUACUUUCUGGGGAUGGAGAUAGCUAGAUCAAAAAAGGGUAUUGUUGUCUCACAAAGGAAGUAUAUCUUAGACCUUCUGCAGGAAACUGGAAUGAGUGCAUGCAAACCCGCAGACACUCCAAUUGACCCAGGUCAGAAGUUGGGAGAUAUCAAGGAAGGAACUCCAGUUGAUAUUCGCCAAUAUCAAAGAUUGGUGGGAAGAUUAAUAUAUCUGGCACAUACUAGGCCAGAUAUUGCAUUUGCAGUAAGUAUAUGGUGAGCCAGUUUAUGCAUAAUCCUUUCCAGGAACAUCUUGAUGCUACUUACAGAAUCUUAAGGUACCUGAAGAGCUGCCAAGGGAAAGGAUUAUUUUUCAAAAAGGGAGUCAGUAGGACAAUUAAGGCCUAUACUGAUGCAGAUUAUGCUGGCUCAAUACAUGAUAGAAGGUCUACUUCUGGAUAUUGUACCUAUGUAUGGGGAAAUUUAGUAACCUGGAGAAGCAAGAAACAAAAUGUGGUUGCUAGAAGUAGUGCUGAGUCAGAAUUCAGAUCUAUGGCUAAUGGAAUAUGUGAAUUACUCUGGAUGAAGAGAGUAAUUACAGAACUGAAGAUGGAGAUGGAACUGCCUAUGAAGUUGUAUUGUGAUAACAAAGCAGCUAUAAGCAUUGCUCAUAAUCCUGUGCUACAUGAUCGAACUAAGCAUAUUGAAGUGGACAGACACUUUAUUAAAGAGAAGAUAGAAGCAGGAAUUAUUUUCACACCAUUUGUAUCCACCAAAGACCAAACAACUGAUAUCCUCACCAAAGGGUUAUUUAAACCUGUGUUCGAACUGCUUACAACCAAGUUGGGAAUGUAUGAUAUAUAUUCACCAACUUGAGGGGGAGUGUAGAAAAUGUUAUAUUAUUGUAGAAAAUGUUACAAGAUUUAAUUUGGUGUACAUACUUAGCCAAAUAGAUUAGAACAUGUGCUGUUAUUUAGAGAUAAGCUCGUAGUAAUCAAGAUCCUAUUUUUUAGGAUCUAAAUUAGCUGAUUAGUUGUUUGUACAUCUGUAUAAAUAUUCUG